AUGGCCAAGUUAGUUCAUAAUGUGCAGAAGAAACAGCACAGAGAAAGAUCACAAAUUGAGAGCCGAGCCAGGUAUGGUUUGUUGGAAAAGAAGAAAGAUUACAGAUUGAGAGCUGCGGAUUACCACAAGAAACAAGCAGCAUUGAAAGCAUUGAAAGAGAAGGCAAAGUUACACAACCCAGAUGAAUACUACCAUGCCAUGACAAAAAAACGUACCGAUGAUUCGGGUGUUUUAAUUGCUGAUAGAGGAAACGAAGUUUUAUCUGUUGAUCAAGCUAAAUUAUUGAAGACUCAAGAUGUUAAUUAUAUACGAACUAUGCGUUUGAGUGAGAAGAACAAGAUUGAAAAGGAAAAACAAGGCAAGUUGUUUGCCGGUCUGGGGAAUCACACUGUAUUUGUUGACUCCAUAGAGGACCAAGAAUCAUUCAAACCAGAAGUUUUCUUUAAUACUGAUGAAUCUUUGGUGGAUAACAGAGAAAAUAGGCUCCGUUUAAACCAAUUGUAUGAUAAUUCUGGUCUAUUAAAGCUGAAUGAUUUAGACCUUGAAGAAAAGAAUGCACUUGAUAUGAAAAAAUUAAAACAAUAUAAGUUAUUGCAAAGACGAUUAAAGAAGGAACAAGAGUUGCGUGAAGUUGAAUCGAUAAUGACAAAUAAUUUAGAGAAAAUGAAAAAGGGAAACAAAAAGAAAAUAACUGACUCCAAUGGUAAGGUACAUUUUAAAUGGAAGAAUCAAAGAAAAAGGUGA